AUGUCGCAGAGGGGACCUGCGCCUCGCCCUGCUUCCCGCCGGUCCUCCAAGUCCCCUCCCAUAGCCACCUUCUCCUCGCCCCAUUCUUCGCAGCCCGGUCCUCAGCCCGGUCUCGUCCAACGCGAUGAUCCGGCAGCUCAACACCACGACCGCCGAGAGAGCGUCGUGGCCGAGGAGGGAGGGAGGCCAUACCCAGCCAACCCGAGAACCUCAGUUGUGCACAAUAUCCUCAACCCAUCGGAUCAGCGCCACCCCUACAGCGGCACGAUACCCCCGGUCCCCAGGCCAACUGAGGGAGGAGGCACCUCCUCGCCGGGCAUCGCCCCAAGGCCUUAUGGAACGCACUCGCCAAGCCACCCGUACGUCUUCCACAGUCAACAACAGCAGCCGCCUGUAGCGCCACAACCGACUUAUUCCCCUUUCCCUCCUUCGACGCUGCCAUCAGGGGUACCCUCGAUCCUUGAGCGUGGUUCGCCGACCGGCCGACACUCCUACUCGCCUAUCGAGGGUGCAAGGCGGAUUCUGACGCCAAAGUCGCCAAGAGUGAGCAGCUUAAACCGUCCAGGCCUCGUGGCUGGGGGCUCUCCUAAGCCGCCCCUGCCUCCACAUAUUACUUCACGGGGCAGUCUAACACCCCACAACAUGGGCCCUCGUGCUGGUCCUUCGCGGCUUGGAGCGCAGACGCCAUUGCAGGGCCUGCGCCAAGGGUAUUCUGAACAGCCACCAACAACAACCCCUCCUCCCUCACGAUCGCUUUCACAACCCAUUAUCGAUCAUGCCCUGACUUCAGGCCACCAGCACCAGCACCCGCACCAUCAGGAGCAUCAGCAGCCGACUAGUAGACCCCCUAUGCUCCUCUCGGGCUCUCCCUUUAUGUCUGGCCUGACUCCGGGGAGGGGCCUCUCCGCGUCGGGCCUAGGAGGUGACGGUCGAUGGAUGACGAGCUUUCUUGAUCAAAUGGCUCCCGGGGUCGGGGGGGCGCGGGGCACGCCGAUGGACGGCCAACAUCUCCUCACUAUCACCCCUUCACACGGAGAUGAGAUCCUGGUACCUGUGGAUAUACACCAGGCUUCCAAACAGGCGGAUGAGAAAAGACAGCGGAACGCGGGGGCUUCUGCAAGGUUUAGAAUGCGCAAGAAGGAGAGAGAAAGAGAGCAACAGCAAGGACUGCAGAAACUGGAGACUUCGAACCGCGAACUGGAGAAGCGUGCUCGUGAUCUCGAGGCGGAGCGCGACUACUAUCGCAACGAGCGGAACCGACUGAGAGACAUAGUGUUGCGAACACCAAGCAUCAGCGAGUGGGCAAACCGAGGCCCGCCCAGUCCGACGUCAGCACGGAGUGAAGGCUUUGCAACAGAGGGCAUGCAAAUGGCUGGCCAUCAUCAUCACAUCCACCACCCCCCACCCAGCUCGUACCCGACCAGCGACCCGUCGAUGCUCGAGCGACCGGCUCGGAGACGAAGAACCGACUCGGAGCCGCACUCCACGGCGCCCACAUACGGUCCCCCACAGCCGACGACUCUCCCUCCCAUCCCACCUUCAGCUUACGGCAUCAACCCUUCGGUACAACACACAUCUGGCCCGCCUGGCCCGGCGAGGCUGCCUCCCCUGCGCCUGGAUCAACCACCUGUUUCAGAGCAUCCCCCCGGAUCCGGGGCUCCUCCCCCACCUCCGCUACCUCCACAAACUCAGGGGCCAUAUCCGCCCUACGGCCGACCAGCCUAUGCACCUGGAUGGCCAGCUGGACCAAAAGGAGCCCACCACGAUGGCAGCCAGAGGUGA